CUCUARAGUGUCAAAAGUCGUUUCCYGAGACAUAAAMCUUCAGUUAAUUUUUACAUAACUAUGGUAAACAAGAUGUCGUCUUGUGUCUAUCGAUUUUACCAAACGCCAGGACUAUCUCCUGGAGCCCAUGAAGUCAUACUUUCGAAGCUCAAAGGCUUAGUUUCUGGCCAUGAGAUUACGAACUUCGCCACYGAGUUGUGUUUCUACGUAAACGCCGAACAUGAGUURAAUGCYGAAGAAAARGAACAACUUCAGCGCCUCUUCAGCAARUCAUUUGARACAGAUAAAACCUCAACAACUUCUCAUCUAACUGCAGAAAGUUAUUCGGAGAAUUCGCAAAGCAAAGUCAUUAAAAUUGARAUUGGACCAAGRYUGAAUUUCUCAACAGCCUUCUCCACAAAUGCAGUCUCCAUWUGUCAAUCUGUUGGAUUGCAUAAAGUUGAUAGAAUUGAACAAUCAAGGCGUUAUUUCAUUGAGAUUGAAUCAAAGCAUGGAUCAAAGCCAUUUAGCAAGGAAGAGGAACAGAAAAUGGUUGAUGUACUUCRCGAUCGUAUGACUGAGUGYAGAUACCUAAAACCCAUUGAGAGUUUCUGCAUUGACAUYGAACCCGAAGAGUAUUAUAGUGUUGAUGUCAUUGGAAAAGGAAGGCCGGCGCUAGARCAAGURAAUAAAGACCUCGGCCUCGCGUUUGACGACUGGGAUCUCGACUAUUAUUCUAACUUGUUUAAAGAGAGAGUUGGCCGUAAUCCCACCAAUGUAGAGUGCUUUGAUUUAGCGCAGUCAAACAGCGAGCAUUCCCGUCAUUGGUUCUUCCGUGGAAGACUUGUGGUUGAUGGAAAAGAAAUCGAGAAUUCUUUGAUGAAGAUGGUCAUAAAAACACAAGAAACUAGUAAUGAUAACAAUGUAAUCAAGUUUAGUGAUAAUAGCAGUGCUAUAAAAGGCUUUGAAGUACCACUUUUAAAACCAWAUGAUGUAAAAGCAGCCAGCAAGUUUUUACUAAGCAGAGACUCAACAAGGCACAUUAUUUUCUCAGCAGAAACUCACAAUUUCCCUACAGGUGUGGCUCCAUUUCCUGGUGCAACAACUGGUACUGGUGGUCGUAUUCGAGAUGUCCAGGCAGCAGGCAGAGGGGCUCAUGUUGUGGCAGGAACGGCUGGUUAUUGUUUUGGAAAUCUACAUAUUCCUGGUUAUGAAUUACCUUGGGAAGAGGAUGGCGGGACAUACCCUAGUAAUAUGGCACCAGCUCUAGAUGUUGCUGUCCAAGCAAGCAAUGGAGCAUCAGACUAUGGUAACAAGUUUGGAGAACCURUUGUGACUGGUUUUGCAAGAUCCUUUGGAAUGAAUAUGGCUGGUGAUGAGAGGCGAGAGUGGAUCAAGCCAAUCAUGUUUAGUGGUGGGAUGGGAAUGUUAGAUGCUGAAAACAUUUUGAAACUUCAACCUGAAAUAGGAAUGGAAGUWGUAAAAGUUGGAGGGCCUGUGUACAGAAUAGGUGUAGGUGGUGGUGCAGCAUCAUCCAUACAAGUUCAAGGYGACAAUGUUGCUGAUCUUGAUUUUGGGGCUGUGCAGAGAGGAGAUGCUGAAAUGGARCAAAAGAUGAACCGUGCAAUCAGAGCCUGUUUGGAAAUGGGUGCAAACCCUAUUUGCAGCAUUCAUGACCAAGGAGCAGGGGGAAAUGGUAAUGUGUUAAAAGAAAUCUGUGAGCCUGCUGGUGCUGUCAUUAGAGCCCAGGACUUCAUUCUUGGUGACCCAACACUGUCCAUUCUUGAACUGUGGGGAGCUGAGUACCAGGAAAGCAAUGCUCUACUUGUCAAGAGAGAAGACAUUCCUAAACUGAAGGAAAUCAGCUUGAGAGAAAAAGUGCCUAUUUCUGUGGUUGGAAGCAUUACAGGCGAUGGCAGAAUUGUACUCGAGGAUAGCAAAGCAAAUUCCAAUGGCCAAUGCAUUGAAGAUGAUUUUGGAAAAGCUUCAAAGCGACAAAAGACAGAGGCAGCACAUCCAGUAGACUUGGAGCUUGAUGUCGUUCUCGGAAAGAUGCCAAAAAAGGUUUUUAAUCUGGAUCGUGUCAAAUCGACAUUGAAGAAUUUGGAAUUAAAUCAAGACCUCUCUGUCCAUGACGCACUCAAUAGAGUUUUGAGGCUGCCUUCUGUAGCAAGCAAACGAUACCUCACAAAUAAGGUUGAUCGCAGUGUUACAGGACUUAUUGYGCAACAGCAAUGUGUAGGUCCUCUGCACACCCCGUUAGCUGACGUGGCUGUAACAGCUUUAUCACAUUACGAUAUUAAAGGUUCAGCCACAGCUAUUGGUGAACAACCAAUCAAAAUGCUUGUAGACCCAACUUGUGGAGCUCGUAUGACUGUUGGUGAGGCUUUGACUAACCUUGUAUUUGCAAAGAUAUCUGAUUUGAAGGAUGUCAAGUGCAGUGCCAACUGGAUGUGGGCAGCUAAACUUCCUGGAGAGGGUGCAGCUCUAUAUGAUGCAUGUCAUGCAAUGUGCGACGUAAUGGCCGAAUUAGGUAUUGCCGUUGAUGGUGGCAAAGAUUCACUAAGCAUGGCAGCCCGUGUUGGUAAAAGAACUGUCAAAGCACCUGGUGCGCUUGUUGUGUCGGUUUAUGCAGCAUGUCCAGACAUUAGGCAGAAAGUGACACCAGAUUUAAAACUUCCUSGAAAAGGAAAACUCGUGUACGUAGAUAUGAGCAACUCCAAGAAGUACAGGCUUGGUGGCAGCGCAUUGGCCCAGGUCUUUAAUCAGAUUGGCGAUACUUGUCCAGAUCUUGAUGACGUCAAGUCUUUUGUUGCUGGUUUCAACGUAACGCAGUCUCUUAUCGCUAAAAAUCUUAUCAGCUCUGGUCACGAUGUCAGUGAUGGUGGACUGGUAACUACACUUCUGGAGAUGGCAUUUGCUGGUAACAGUGGUUUAGAGGUCGACCUUAACUACAUGUCCGGUGUUAGCCCGUGUGUUAGCAAAGCCGUAGAUCUCUUGUUUGCAGAAGAACUCGGUUUAGUUCUAGAAGUCAGUCCAGAGAAUCUUGAAGCUGUUCUCAAUAGUUACAAGUCCAAAGGCGUCUCAUGUUAUGUAGUUGGCCAAACUGGGGAGUCAGGAGACGGUGCAGGGGUCUCCGUUACUGUUGACGGCUCUGUGGUUUUGCAAGAAAAAAUGGUUGACCUGAGAGACACCUGGGAGGCAACAAGUUUUCAGUUAGAACGACUUCAGUGCAAUCCACGGUGCGUUGAGGCAGAGGAAGCUGGUCUAAGACUCAGAAAAGCGCCGCCAUAUAAAUUAUCAUUCCAACCAGAGGCAUUUGCUCCAAAAGAGAACAACACCGCGCCUCCACAAAUCGCUGUGAUUAGAGAGGAGGGAAGUAACGGAGAUCGUGAGAUGGUUGCUGCUUUCCAUAUGGCCGGUUUCGAGGUGUGGGAUGUUACAAUGACCGACAUCUGCAAUGGUUCUGUGAAACUUAGCAUGUUUCGUGGCGUUGUAUUUGUUGGUGGCUUCAGCUACGCUGACGUCCUGGGCUCAGCAAAGGGUUGGGCAGCGGUUUGUCAAAUGAAUGAAACGGCUCGUCAAGAGUUUGAGGCGUUUUUCUCACGUGACGACACCUUUAGUCUAGGCAUCUGCAAUGGCUGUCAGCUCAUGGGUCUUCUGGGAUGGAUUGGCUCAGAUCCAAACGGCUCACACUCCGAAUUAUGCCCAACUCAAGGAGUUUGCUUUACUCAUAAUACCUCAGAACGGUUUGAGUCUCGAUUUGUGACAGUCUCCAUCGAAGCAAGCCCGGCCAUUAUGCUGAAAGGAAUGGAAGGAUCUACUUUAGGUGUUUGGGUAGCACACGGCGAGGGACGAGCUGAAUUCCGUCGACCAGACAUACUACAAGCCAUUAUCUCAAAAAAUUUGGCUCCCGUACGCUAUGUUGACGAUGAUGGUAAGAGCACAAUGCAGUACCCUCUAAACCCAAAUGGUGCUCCUGAAGGAAUUGCCGCCCUCUGUUCUCCUAAUGGCCGCCACUUGGCUAUGAUGCCGCAUCCUGAAAGGUGCACCCUGCUGUGGCAAUGGCCAUGGAUGCCAGAAGACUGGAGACAAGAUCUGAAAGCAUCGCCAUGGCUCAAGAUGUUUUGCAAUGCGUACGACUGGUGUUUGGAACAGAGUCAUGGUUAAGCAAAGAUUUUCCUUCUUUUGAUUCUAUUCUCUUACUAUUUUUCUAACUUGUAAUAUACUAAAAUAGGUGGGGCUUUGCAGUGAUAGAAAACAACAUCCAAAACGAAAUAUUCAUUAAGUCUUGAACUUACCAUGAAUAAUGAUUUCUAAAUUAAUAUAAGUAUUAUAAAAACGAUAAGUAUAAUCUCAUCAUUCACUUGAGGAAGCUUUUUAUACUUGAAAAUAAACAUCCAAUUUGUUCA